AUGGCCGCUUCUGUUGGUCGCCUUCACGGCAAAACCGCCGUCGUCACUGGAGCUUCCUCCGGGAUUGGACGGGCCAUCGCCUUGAGGUAUGCGGCCGAGGGCGCACACGUCGUGUGUGCGGAUAUUGAUUCUGCGUCCAAAGACCCGGAUGACACCAGGCCAACUCAUGAAGCUAUUAACCAAGAGUACCCUGCGGGCGAGGGUACUUCGCAGCGAUCGAUAUUCGUCAAGACAGAUGUCACUUCUGGUACCGAAGUGGAAAACCUGGUUCGGGAAUGUGUAAACGCAUUUGGAAGAUUGGAUAUAAUGGUUAACAAUGCCGGAGUCGCUAAUGGCCCGAGCAACCCGCCGGGUCCAAUCCACAAAACCCCCGAAUCCUCAUGGGAUACAAUCGUAGGGGUCAAUGCCAAAGGCGUUUGGCUGGGGUGUAAAUACGCCAUCACCCAAAUGCUAAACCAAGAUCCGCACCCCAGUGGUGACAGAGGCUGGGUCAUCAACAUGGCCUCGGUUCUUGGUUUAGUCGGCAGCACUGGGACCAGUCCAUACUGUGCAUCUAAGGGUGCUGUGGUCCAGAUGACUAAAUCAAUAGCACUGGAUUAUGGACAGGAUAGAAUACAUGUCAACGGCAUCGCACCAGGCUACAUUGAAACGCCCUUGGUCAAGCCUUUCCUCGAUCCCCAUUCCCCCGAUCCGCGUGCAAGAGCACUGUAUGCGGCCAUUGGCUCUAAACAUCCAUUCGCGCAACGAAUGGGUAAGCCGGAAGAAAUAGCCGGCUCCGCUGUGUUUUUGGCUUCCGAUGAUGCGAGCUGGAUCACUGGCCAUAUAUUGCCAGUGGAAGGAGGGUAUCUUGCACAGUAG